UCUCCCCGCGCCUCUCUACGCACCGCACGGGCACGGGAGUCGAGCUGCACGCUUUGAAUAAACGAGGAAACGACUCACGCCCCCCUCCAUCCCCUCCCCUCUCUCCUUCUACCCGCCCCUCGUUGUGUCUGCUCUCAAAUGACUCAGUUAUGAGAGUGGCCGAGAGGAGAGAAGGACGCUUUUCCUCUAUUUGGACCGGCAGUGCGCAAAGGUGCGCUCCGUGGUCCGGCAUCAUCGGCACCAUCCUCAUCCGCCUCCUCUCCCUCCUGCGCUGCUUCUGAGAUCAACCCGAACCCCGAGAGGCGCAACGAGACCCUCACCGAACCCCCCCGUGCGAGUCACCGUGGGAGAUUAACCGCUUGCACCCUAAAAACACACGUGAUCGCAGUCUGGACGGGCUGCAGCGCUUCGAUCCCACAUUGCUGCCGUGGUCUUUGCAGAUGUGCUGUGGACUGCGGAUGAUUUCUCCUCCUCCCGCGGCUCAAAUUCAAUGGCAGACAAAGACUGCACUUCUCGCCGUUCUUCUUACCAUUGAGCUCAGGAAGACGGAUCAGGUCCACGGCUAAACCAUUGUCUCCUACACGUGCUUCUGUCUUAUGUCCAUCCCUCCUACCAUCACCAUGGCUUGUUUCCUGGCAUCCGCCAUUCUCCUGGUUCUCCAGACAAACGCUGCCCCACCAGAGCUCGUCCAGGCAGGAUUUGGCCUGGCACUGGACCCCAUGGAUCUUGACACUGGACUAGCACUCAACGUCUCUGAAGAUGGACCCUCAUCUCCGCCCCCAGGGACGAGUAAAAGAGCCCCACACAGUAUCAUUAUCGGGGUGCGUAAGGGCGGCACGAGAGCGCUGUUGGAGAUGCUGGACAUUCACCCGGAGGUUGCCGCUGCUGCCACCGAGGUGCACUUCUUCGACUGGGAUGAGAACUACGCCAAGGGCUUCGAGUGGUACCGCGAACUGAUGCCGUACUCGUACCCGCACCAGAUCACAGUGGAGAAAACUCCGGGCUACUUCACGUCACCCCUCGCGCCGGAACGCAUCUGUGCCAUGAACUCGUCCAUAAAGCUGCUGCUGAUCUUGCGAGACCCGGCCGAGCGCGUCAUAUCAGACUACACCCAGGUGUACUUCAACCGGCUGGAGAACCACAAGCCGGUGCAAGCCAUCGAGAACCUGCUGGUGCGCAAUGGGGCCUUGAACAUCCGGUACAAGGCCAUUCAGAGGAGCCUGUACGACGUCCACAUGCGCAACUGGCUGCGCCACUUCCCCCUCGAACAGGUACACAUCGUAGAUGGGGACGCUCUGAUUCGAGACCCCUUGCCAGAGCUUCAGAAGGUGGAGCGCUUCCUCGACUUGCCCCCAAGGAUAGUAUCCUCCAACUUCUACUUCAACCAGACCAAGGGGUUUUACUGCAUCCGAAGCGAUGGCCGAGAGCGCUGUCUGCACGAGUCCAAGGGGCGUCCGCACCCGGCUGUCAACAGCACCGUCCUCCAGCAGCUCCGCUCCUUCCUACAGGAACACAACCGAACCUUCUUCAGGCUGGUGAAGCGCACCUUCAACUGGCAAUGAGGCACCCAGAUCAGACUCAAGGGAGCCCUGUCCUUGUCUUUGAUGAGGGCAGACCGAGAGGGGGCAUGAAGCACUUUACAGAACUGACAUCUCAAAAAGCCCAUUGAAUAGCCACUUAAUAACCACUGCUGUGAUCUGUGGCUUCAGCACAGCAGUUGUAUAUCGACACGAUAAGGCAAACAAAAAAAAGAAUGAAAAACUGUAACUAGAGGCCUAAGAUUAAACGAAAGAAUCUCCAAGCUUAAUAAGUCAUUCUGUCUGUGCUGGAAGCGUUUAAGUGAUCAAAAUUGCUGUGAAAACACAUUUAUGGAACUUUUUUCCUUCUCGCUCUCUCUUGUUUGAUAUUCUUGUUCUUGAUAAUAAAUUGUUCUGCUAUCAAAUGUACCAGAAAAGUGGCCUCUCCGUUUUAUUCUGAAAAUAAAAAGCCCCGGAGCCCUU